AUGAAAAAGUCAGAUAUUAUUAAGAAUACAUCAAGUUUAUUGGACCAUUUUCCUGAUGACUUGGAUAUAGAAACCUUUGUUGAUGAAAUGCUACAAUUCCAAGAAUUAAAAAUGUCAUUGUUUAGCCAUGAUAAGACUAUAGAUGAUCCUCAAUACCAACUUAGAUACCUAAAAUCAAUGAACAUAAAGCAUACGUUUCCCAAUAUUGAAACUGUGUUACAAAUCUAUUUGACGAUUCCUUGUAAAAAUUGUAGCAGCGAACGAUCAUUCUCGGCGUUAAAACGUGUAAAAACUCGAUUGAGAUCAUGUUUAUCUCAAGAUAGGCUUGAUAAUCUGACUCUGUUAACAGUAGAACACGAAAUAACAAAACAAUUAUCAUAUGAAGACAUCAUUGAAAAGUUUUCGAAGAUCCUUAAAAAAAAUCAAUGUAAUCUAAUGUGA